AUGGAGAACUUGUCGUUUCUUCCGCCACGGUUAACGUCGUCGGCGUCAUCAUGCUCAUCGCUGAACGACAUGUCCUUGAGAAAUCGCAAGUUGCGCCUGCUCGUUGCUGCCGCGGGACCCCGCGACACAUCAUGGGCCCAGGCCCUUGUCGUUCGACUCUCCAAGAACCCCCAUAUUGAGAUGCGCGCCAUCGUUGACGACGUCGUCCCCCGGCUCACGCAGACCAUCAUUGUCCUUGAGAACCGAAGCCUGGCCGCGGGACAGUGCGGACGCGCCGACGACGUCGAAUUCUUUCGCCAACAAGCCUUUGAACUGGUCGAGUGGGCAGAUCUGCUAGUCUGUGUUCCUCUGGAUGCAGAUGGAAUUGCCAAAAUGCUGGCCGGCAUUGCUGAUACAUUCCUCGGAGAAGUGUUCCGGGGGUGGAAUAUUCAGAAGAGCAUCGUGCUCGUUCCGGGCAUGAGCACACACAUGUGGGCGAAUCCAGCCACAAAACGACAACUCAGUAAAAUACACAGAAAGUGGAACUGGAUUCGGGUCAUGACGCCCAUCCUGUGGCACUACGAGGGGCAGAUGAACCCCAAACGGGUCCCCAACUGGAAUGGCUUCAAUGAGGUGCUUGGAAUCAUUAAAAAUCAGGCAGAUUUACUAGGUCUCGGCCGAGAUGUCGAAAUCGCAACUAGCACCGCCGUGGUUCCCGACACCAACGACGUCCAGAUUCGCUCGAAACUACCGCCUGAAAUAUGGACAAUGGUUCUCGAUCACGCAGGCGAUUGGGAGCUCGCCAAAGCACUCGGCAUGUACACCAACCUGCCCAUGCCAACGGCAUGGUCACUCGAACCGAAAGAUCCCACCGACCCUCUCAAAGUCUACGAGCACGAACUCGAAUGGACGGUCCUCACCGGAAACCCAGCUGUCAUAUGCAAGAAGCUGUCACAAUCUCCGCCAAACUUCCAGGACGUGCCAGCCUUGGUCGUCAAACUCAUCAUCCGCUUCGCCCUCAUCGACGUCCUGGCUUACAUGGAAGCCAACCGUCCUGAGCUCUUCAGAGCCUUUGACGGCACCACUCUUCCCACCAAUGCAUCGGCCUACUACCCACGAACCGACGUCCUCGACUUUUGGAAACAGAGUAAGUGGUUUCGUGACGAACACAUGUACGACGCAGAGGCCGUCGACGGGGCGUCUAAGAACGGCCACGUCCGCAUUCUAGAUUGGUGGUGGCGCCGCUCCGGUUUCCCGCUACGCUAUACAGAAACAGCUCUCGAGCAAGCCAGCGGGCGCGGACACCUGCUUGUUCUCGAGUGGUGGCGCGAUGCCGCGGCGCAAGAUGAAGAGAUUGUCCUCCGACCAGGCCGGUCUCUUCUCUGGGCCUCGCAAUACGGGCAGGCAGACGUUCUUAAAUGGUGGGACGCUUCAGGGAUACCUGUUGCCCACGGCGAUGGCGUUGCCAAAGUUGCAUCACGUUGGGGCCAAGUCCAGGUCCUCGAGACGUGGCGCCGUCUCAAAGGCGACAACAAGCUCGUCUUUGAUGCUGAAGUUUUGCUAAGCUCCACCAUCCAUCAGCAUGUCGACGUGCUGGAGUGGUGGCGCAAGUUUGCGCACGGCGAGCUCGAAGGCAUGGAGGGGAGGAAGCAGCCCGUCGAGUUCCGGACGUGUAAUAUCGAAGAGGCACUGGAGGAUAGCAUUGGCGAUUCGGACCAGAAUCCGGCAAGGAAAUGGUGGGCACAGUACGGGUUGGAUCUACGCAUGAGAAACGAAGAGUGGCUGCAGACGAGAUACUUGUAA